AUCAGCUGUUUUCUGCGUUCACUUUUAUUUCCCCCUGCAAGAAUAUUAAGCUAAUAUUCAUUUUUUAUAAAACUAACAUAAAAGCAGCAUGCAAUUGUUUAUACAGAUAGCGCUGCUGUGCCUGAUCAACACUCUCCUGCCAGACUUUAUACGAAACUACCUCAAAGUAUCUCGUUUUUGGAAGAAAGGUAAAACAGACACACAGCGAAUGCAAACAGAGCUGGAUGCAGCACGUGAGGAACUGGACAAUGUGCACAGUGCUCAACAUGCCGGUGAAUAUGCAAGGAAAAUAAAAACAAUGCGUGCGGAGCGUAAAGUUGCUGACGCCGAGACCAAAAUUAAAAUGUCCAAGCAAAUGGAAACCCUGAAACAGUCAACCAUCGAUACAGUGGCCUACUACGUGUCCAAAGUGCUCUUCUCACUCAUCGUAGUCAUAGUGUGCGCCCGUAAUCGCAACUCACCAGUGAUGAUCUUUGACCACAGCUUUAGCCUGGCGCCGCUGGGCGGACUUCUAAGCUUUCCCACGGGCGUGUACAAUGCUGUUUCAGUGCCCGUUUGGGCCUUUUCUUGUAAUUUUACUUUUAGUUUACUGUAUGGUUUGUUAAAGAAGUAAUGUCUACGAAAUAGGAAUUGUAAUUUUGUCUUUUACUGCAACUAAUUAAGUUUGACUGUUCAAGUGCUCGAUAUACUUAGUUUGCUUAGCUUCAGAAAAGGAAAAGAAUUUUAAUAUCAAAUACAUAAAACAGAAAUGUAUUUUCGCAU